UAAAUGUUGUGUGGAGGGUACCACAGUUUCAUCAAGCAAGAACAUGAAGAUCAUUCAGUUUCAGCUCUAUGUAUUAAUCUGUUGUCAGUAUGCAGUGGCAGAUCUACUAACUGAUCUGGGAUCAAAUGUGAGCAUAAACUGUGAUCUUGAUGAAAAUGAGGUUUAUUGGAUUUUACUGAAAACAGCAGAUCCUCCAACAGUCAUUCUACGAUCAUUCCCAACACAAACGAAAUCACCUUUUUACCAUAAUAAAACAUUCAGAAAGAAAUAUUCAGUGCAGUUUAAACAUCGUCUGGUUAUUAAUAAUGUAACUGCUGAUGAAUUAGGAGUUUAUUACUGUAUGAACACACGCACACCUCCAAAACUCAGCAACAGCACCAGAAUAUACUUCAAUGAGACGGUUCAAAUAACCGAGUGUCUGAAUCAGACACAAUGGCAGAUUAUCAUCAUAAUAUCUGGUCUGAUGAAUGGGCUUCUGAUCAUUGCAAUGAUUGGACUAGUAAAGGUUUUUGUUGUUGGGAAAAGAAGGUCUCCAGAGCGAACACAACAACUUAACACUGAUCUACAACAGACUCAAGUUAUAGAACAACAUCAGGACCAAUUACAGUACGCUGAGGUGGAUUUUUCCAAGCUGCGUAGAAAUAUUCGUUCCAGCCAAAUCAACAGCACCUAUGCUGCUCUACAGCUGCCAAAGUCAUGA